AUGGCGCCGGGAAUCAGUGGCCGAACGAAACCUACAAAAGCGAAGAAACAGGUCAGGGGGCAAAAGAGGAAGCGAGAUGAUGUCGAUGUGGAGAAGUUGGAGCAAGACGUACGGGAACUGGACACCAAGGCGAAAUAUGCAAACUUCACCGAUCUACCUCUGUCCGAGCCUACAAAGGCCGGGCUGAAAGCAUCGCACUUUGGUACGCUCACGGAUAUCCAGUCGAGAGCGAUACCACUUGCGCUCAAAGGAUCGGACAUCCUUGGUGCCGCAAAGACGGGAAGUGGGAAGACGCUUGCGUUUCUGAUCCCUGUGCUGGAAAAUUUGUACAGAGCACAAUGCGUGGGAGGAGAUGCUGGUCUGGGAGCGAUGAUUAUCACCCCAACAAGAGAGCUGGCUAUUCAGAUCUUUGAGGUACUGCGGAAGGUCGGUGGAAAAGGACAUCUUUUCGCGGCAGGCUUGGUGAUUGGAGGCAAGAGCUUGAGAGAAGAGCAAGAUGCGCUGGCAAGGAUGAAUAUUGUCGUCUGCACACCGGGUCGGAUACUUCAGCAUCUCUCUCAGACUGCUGCUUUCAAUGUGGACAAUCUGCGGAUGCUGGUUCUUGAUGAGGCAGAUCGGAUUCUGGACAUGGGCUUCCAGAAGGACGUAGAUGCGAUUAUCGACUACCUUCCGAAGGACAGACAGACCCUGCUGUUCAGUGCGACACAGACGAAACGAGUCUCCGACCUAGCACGCCUUUCCCUAUCCGAGCCCGAGUACGUCUCUGUUCAUGAAGCUGCGUCAACUGCGACGCCCAAGACCUUACAGCAGAACUAUGUCAUCACGCCCUUGCAUCAGAAGCUUGAUACCCUUUGGUCCUUCAUUCAAUCAGCAAAGAAGUCAAAGAUACUCGUCUUUUUGUCUUCAGCGAAACAAGUCCGUUUUGUCUACGAAUCUUUCAGACACAUGCAGCCCGGUAUCCCCUUGCUACAUCUACACGGCCGGCAGAAGGAGAACACCAGACUUGAGACAACGCAAAAAUUCUCGAGUGCCAAGCAUAGCUGCCUGUUCGCUACUGACGUUGUGGCGCGAGGCCUGGACUUUCCUGCAGUUGAUUGGGUUGUGCAAGUCGACUGUCCUGAGGACGCAGAUACUUACAUACACCGAGUUGGCCGGACUGCAAGAUACGAGCGCGAUGGCCACGCCGUGAUUUUCCUCGACCCAAGUGAAGAGGAGGGUAUGCUCCGUCGCCUGGAGCAGAAGAAGGUACCGGUUGAGCGCAUCAACGUACGUGCCAAAAAGCAGACGAGCAUCAAGAAUCAAUUGCAGGAUAUGUGUUUCAGAGAUCCGCAGUUGAAAUAUCUUGGUCAGAAGGCUUUCGCAAGUUACGUGAGGAGCCUGCAUGUGCAGAAAGAUAAAGAGGUCUUCAAGCUAGAGAAGUAUUCGCUAGAGGAGUUUGCUGCGAGUCUAGGGCUACCAGGAGCGCCACGGAUCAAGUUCUUGAAAGCUGAUGCCGAAGAAGUCAAGAGGAAGAAGAAUGCUUCUCGGCAAGCACGGGUGUCAGAUGCGCAGAACGAAGAAGACGAGGGUGAGCAAGACGAACGUGUCACCAAGAAGACCGAAGUGCGUACAAAGUACGAUAGAAUGUUCGAGCGUAAGAAUCAGGACAUAUUGGCAGAUCACUAUGCCAAGAUGGUCAAGAAUGACGACGUUGACAUCAACCGGCUGGACGGCGAGCAGCAAUCCGACGAUGACAUGAUGGUCGUGAAGCAGCGAAUUCCAGCGGACGAAGGCGAGCACCAAUACGACGGUGUGCCUGAUAAUGAGACAUUGAAUUCGCAAACCCCUGGAGUUAAAGCCAUUGCUGUGCCUGGCGCCAAGACACCAAUCAUUCUUGAUUCGAAGCGACGGGAGAAGCUCCUUAAAUCCAAGAAAAAGCUGCUCAAAUUCCAGGACAAGGGCUCCAAGAUUGUGUAUGAUGAUGACGGAAAUGCGCAUGAGAUCUACGAACUCGAAGAUGAGCAAGACUUCCGUGCUCGCGGCAAAGCCGAGGAACAGCGAAGGAAAUUCUUGCAAGAAGAAGCUGAGCGAGUCAAGGAAGCUGACAUUGCCGACAAAGCUUUGGCGAAGGAGAAGAGAAAGGCGAAGAAGGAAAAGCGGAAGGAGAGAGAACGCAUGGAAGUUGAAGAUGGAGAAGGCGUUACUGCCUUGGAGGAAGGAGAGGACGCAAUGGCAAAUUUCUUGGCUGAUGCUCAGAGCUCCAAUGGGAGCGAGGCGGAGAGCGAAGUGGAUGAUGAUGAGAAGCCGCACAAAAAGCAGAAGAAGUGGUUCCAGGAGGAAGGCAAGAGGAAGGAUUUGGGCGGCGAAAGAGAAAUCGAGACGCUUGAUGAUUUGGAGGCGGAAGCUGCAAAGCUGCUGGGCUGA